AUGUGGGGGCAUUUUCAUCAGAUCUUUGUCAACCAUGAUCAACAGGCCUUUGUUUCUUGUAACGAAUGCAAAAGAAUAUUGGCAUUUACGUCAGCAAAUGGUACCAAUAAUUUGAAAUCUCAUUUGGCAUCGUGUUCAAAAACGGAAACAAACAUAAGUGAUCUAUAUCAAACAACAGUUCGUGAUUUUUAUUCAUCUUCGAAACCAUUGAAAAUUCCAAACAAAAUCAAACUAUCCGUGACACAAGCAUGCGCUGAGUUUUCAGCAUUAGAUGGGCGUGCAUUUGCAACGAUGAAAGGAAGUGGUUUUCAAACUCUAGCCCACGUCUUAUUUGAUGCCGGUCGUUUAUUACAGAAUUCGUCUGUACAAAUAGAAGAUAUUCUUCCUCAUCCUACCACCAUUAGUAGGAAUGUUGUGAGAAUAUAUGAGCAAUCAAAGACACAGUUGAUUAGUAUUUGUGAAAGCUUGAAAAGCUUCUGUUUGAUAGUAGAUAACUGGACGGAAGCAUUCACGGGAAUCAAUUAUUGUGGAAUUGCUUUACGUCAUGUGGAUGAUGAUUUUAAAUUACUUUCAUUUAUCCUUGGUUGUUAUGUGUAUGACGCACCCAGUCAUUCAGCCGCACAUUUUCGUGAUUUUGUUGAUAGUAAAUUACAAGAAUAUAAUUUACAACUUGAUGAAUCAAAAUUUGUUGUUAGCGACAAUGAACCGAAGAUGGUCGCAGCAUUUCGCGAAAAAUGCAGACGAAUUGGAUGUUCCGAUCACUAUCUGAACAAGCAGUUACAGCACGCGUUUGAAUCAAGUGAAAUUCAUGUCAAUAAAUUUACUGUUGAUAAAGUGAAUUGUGGAACAGCUCAAACUGUUUUCCUUCAGGUGAAAAACAUUGUUACUCAUGUUAGACGUUCACAUCGCCAACAACAACUAUCAAGGAAAUUACAGACUUAUAGUGAGACAAGAUUCAACGGUGCUAUGAUCAUGCUCGAUAUCUUUCAGAAAGUGUUUUAUGAAUUGCCAUCGAUAUUAACUAAUACAAAAUCAAUGGACAAUUAUAAUUCAAUUGAUAAAGAAUCCCUUGAUGCCAUCUGUCAAUUUCUCAAACCAUUCGAAGAAGUCCUUGAAGUCCUUAGUGAAGAUCAACGACCUACUCUACACCGAGUAAUUCCAUUGCGUCAGUGCCUGAUUAAUAAAUGUGAAACCAAUGAGAAAGAUUCAACAGUCGUAGUGGAGUUGAAAUUAUUCUUAGCUCGUCGAAUAAAACAAAUUUGGUCUGUUACAUCAGAGCAUCGAUUAGCGACAAUUCUCCAUCCGAAAUUAAAACAUUUUGAUAUUUGUCAUGAUGAAAAACAAAAUGCAGUUUCUGAAUUGAAACUGGCAUUUGAUAAACAUCGAUCGAAUAUUUCAACACCAUCAGUUCCCUCAUUAUUCAAUUCUAAUCAAAAUUUAGCCCUAUCUUCUUCAAACACAGAUACAAGUAUCCCAAUGUUCAAAAGUAAGAGUCUUUUAACUCAAUGCUUUGAUGUCACAAUCAGCCCGAAUGCUAAAGCGCCUAAUCCUCAUCAGGAAAUUGAUGAUUAUUUGAAUCUGGAUCAUUCUGAUGAUUAUAAUGGGAAAUAUUAUGAAGAUGGUGAUAUCGAUAUUUUGUCAUACUGGAAAGAAAAACAGCAACAAUUUCCUACUUUAUCAAAUAUAGCUAAACAAAUAUGUGCAAUUCCGGCAUCUAACACUAUCAUCGAGAGAUUGUUCUCAGCUGCAAAAAAUACAGUUGAUGGAAAACGCACCAACUUAGGAUCUGAAAAAAUCAAUCAAUUAUUAUUCCUACAAAAGAAUUUAUCUACAUUAAAACAGCUCUUUCAAGAAAAAAGGAGAAAAAGAACUGUUUCGAUGUCUUCGACAACCACUAUGUCUUCCGAAGAUUCUUCAUACACCAUGGCCAAACGAGCAAGGAUUGAUGACGAAGAUAAUUAUAGUUCUACAGAUGAUAUUGAAACAUUCCUUGAUUAA